GAAAAGUUGAAGAUAAAAUUAUAUUCAGUCCCCAAAACCAGGAGAUCGACAAAGUAGGAAAUGCACAAUUUUGAGGAAGAGUUAACGUGUCCCAUCUGUUAUAGUAUUUUUGAAGAUCCUCGUGUACUACCAUGCUCUCAUACAUUUUGUAGAAAUUGUUUGGAAAACGUUCUUCAGGCAUCUGUUAACUUUUAUAUAUGGAGACCUUUACGAAUUCCACUCAAGUGCCCUAAUUGCAGAAGUAUUAUUGAAAUUGCUUCAACUGGUAUUGAAUCCUUACCUGUUAAUUUUGCGUUAAGGGCUAUUAUUGAAAAGUACCAGCAAGAAGACCAUCCAGAUAUUGUCACCUGCCCUGAACAUUACAGACAACCAUUAAAUGUUUAUUGUCUACUUGAUAAAAAAUUAGUUUGUGGGCACUGCCUUACCAUAGGUCAACAUCAUGGUCAUCCUAUAGAUGAUCUUCAAAGUGCCUAUCUGAAAGAAAAGGACACGCCUCAAAAACUGCUCGAACAGUUAACUGACACAUACUGGACAGAUCUUACUCGUCUUAUUGAAAAACUGGAAGAACAAAAAUCUCAUUCUGAGAAAAUGGUCCAAGUUGAUAAGGAAGUUGUUCUCCAGUAUUUUAAGGAGCUUAGUGAUAUAUUAGAACAGAAAAAAAAAAUUUUCCUGACGGCUCUCUGUGAUGUUGGCAAUCUGAUUAAUCAAGAAUAUAUUCCACAAAUUGAAAGAAUGAAAGAAAUGAGAGAGCAGCAGCUUGAAUUAAUGACACUGACAACAUCUUUACAAGAAGAGUCUCCACUUAAAUUUCUUGAAAAAGUUGAUGAUAUCUGCCAGCGUGUGCAGAGCUUGAAACAGAAACCACUUCCUGAGGUCCAGCCUAUUGAAAUUUAUCCUCGAGUAGGCAAGGUAUUGAAAGAGGAAUGGAACAGAAUAGAAAUUGGACAAAUUAAGAAAGUUCUCAUUCCUGAAAUGAAAAUUUCUUCUAACAGGUUGCCAUGUUCCUGGCCUGAUAAGGAUGAAAAAGAAGUUGAAUUUUUUAAAGCUUUAAAUAUAGUUACACUAAUUUCAGUGAUAUUGAUGUUGAUACUUGUUUUCAACCAACACAUAACCUUUUUAAAUGAAAUCACUUCGAUAUGUUUUUCUGAAGUCUCUCUAUCUGUUUACCAAAGUUUAUCUAACAAUAUGCAUGAUUUAAAGAACAUAUUAUGUCAUACUUUGUAUUUGUUGAAGGAAUUCAUAUGGAAAAUGAUUUCUCAUUGA